UCUGCGGUACCUCCGCGCAGUAGCCGCCCCCCCCCAGCCCCGCGGCCGCUUCCCGCGUGGACGCUCCGAGCGCCCCCAGACGGACGCAACCGGCCCACUGGCAGGCCGGCGAGCGGGCGGCCGCCGCGCCAGGCCGGCAGCGCGGGGGUUAAGUGGCCCAAGUAAACGUAGUUCGGCGAUCGGCGCCGGAGAUUCGCGAGCCGAGCACCCUGCUCGGCCGCCCGCCGGCCUCCCGCCAGGCUGUCCCGACCCGCGGCUCGACCGCGGAGCGGCGCUCGAGCCAGGUUCUCGGCAGGAAACAAUGAAGGGAGACACCAGACAACUCAACAGAGAGGAGGACGCCAGCGGGAGGGAAGACUCCAUCAUCACUAAUGGGGGCUGCAGCGACCAGUCUUCUGACUCCAAGGAUGCACCCUCACCCCCCAUCCUGGAGGCUAUCAGCACCCCGGAGAUCAGAGGUCGCAGAUCAAGCUCUCGGCUGUCAAAGAGGGAGGUCUCCAGUCUGCUAAGUUAUACUCAGGAUCUGACAGGUGACGGCGAUGGCGAGGGGGAAGACGGAGAUGGCUCUGACACCCCGGUGAUGCCCAAACUCUUCCGAGAAACCAGGACUCGGUCUGAGAGCCCAGCUGUCCGCACUCGAAAUAACACCAGUGCCUCCAGCCGGGAGCGGCCCCGGCCCUCCCCACGUUCCACCCGAGGCCGGCAGGGCCGCAAUCACGUGGAUGAGUCCCCCGUGGAGUUUUCAGCUACCAGGUCCCUGAGGCGGCGGACAGUAUCCUUGGCAGGCACCCCGUGGCCGUCCCCAGCCAGCCCCUACCUCACCAUUGACCUCACGGAUGAUGACGUGGUGCCCCAGAGCAGCAGUACCCCCUACGCCCGCCUGGCCCAGGACAGCCAGCAGGAUGGCCCCGAGUCCCCACAGGUGGACCUGGAGGCUAGAGAUGCCGACAGCGCUGAGUAUCAGGAUGGGAAGGAGUUCGGGAUAGGGGAUCUCGUGUGGGGAAAGAUCAAGGGCUUCUCCUGGUGGCCUGCCAUGGUGGUGUCAUGGAAGGCCACUUCCAAGCGCCAGGCCAUGUCCGGCAUGCGGUGGGUCCAGUGGUUUGGUGAUGGCAAGUUCUCUGAGGUCUCUGCAGAUAAGCUAGUGGCCCUGGGGCUGUUCAGCCAGCACUUCAACCUGGCAACCUUCAAUAAGCUGGUCUCUUACAGGAAGGCCAUGUACCAUGCAUUGGAGAAAGCCAGGGUGCGGGCUGGCAAAACUUUCCCCAGCAAUCCUGGAGACUCCUUGGAGGAUCAGCUGAAGCCCAUGUUAGAGUGGGCCCACGGGGGCUUUAAACCCACUGGGAUCGAGGGCCUCAAACCAAACAACAAGCAACCAGUGGUUAAUAAGUCGAAGGUGCGUCGUGCAGGCAGUGGGAACUUAGAAUCAAGGAAAUACGAGAACAAGACCAGAAGACGUACAGCUGACGACUCUGCUGCCUCCGACUACUGCCCCCCACCCAAACGCCUAAAGACCAACUGCUACAACAAUGGCAAAGACCGAGGAGAGGAGGACCAGAGUCGAGAACAAAUGGCUUUGGAUGUUAGCAACAACAAGAGUAACCUGGAAGAUAGCUGUCUGUCCUGUGGUCGGAAAAACCCCGUGUCCUUCCAUCCUCUGUUUGAGGGGGGGCUCUGCCAGACGUGCCGGGACCGCUUCCUCGAGCUCUUCUACAUGUACGAUGACGACGGCUAUCAGUCCUAUUGCACGGUGUGCUGUGAGGGCCGAGAGCUGCUGUUGUGUAGCAACACGAGCUGCUGUCGGUGCUUCUGCGUGGAGUGCCUGGAGGUGCUGGUGGGCACAGGCACCGCGGAGGACGCCAAGCUGCAGGAGCCGUGGAGCUGCUUCAUGUGCCUCCCGCAGCGCUGUCACGGUGUCCUGCGGCGCCGAAAGGACUGGAACGUGCGCCUGCAGGCCUUCUUCACCAGCGACCCGGGGCUUGAAUACGAAGCCCCCAAGUUAUACCCUGCGAUUCCCGCAGCCCGAAGGCGGCCCAUUCGAGUCUUGUCCCUGUUUGAUGGAAUUGCAACAGGGUACUUGGUCCUCAAAGAACUGGGCAUCAAAGUGGAGAAGUACGUCGCCUCUGAGGUGUGUGAAGAAUCCAUUGCUGUUGGAACUGUGAAGCAUGAGGGGAACAUCAAAUACGUGAAUGACGUCAGGAACAUCACGAAGAGAAAUAUUGAAGAAUGGGGCCCCUUUGACUUGGUGAUUGGUGGAAGCCCAUGCAAUGAUCUCUCCAAUGUGAACCCUGCCAGGAAAGGCCUGUAUGAGGGCACAGGUCGCCUCUUCUUUGAGUUCUACCACCUGCUGAACUACACACGCCCCAAGGAGGGGGACGACCGGCCCUUCUUCUGGAUGUUUGAGAAUGUGGUAGCCAUGAAGGUUGGCGACAAGAGGGACAUCUCUCGUUUCCUGGAGUGUAACCCAGUGAUGAUUGAUGCCAUCAAAGUGUCUGCUGCUCACAGGGCCCGCUACUUUUGGGGCAACCUGCCGGGAAUGAACAGGCCCGUGAUAGCAUCAAAGAAUGAUAAACUCGAGCUACAGGACUGCUUGGAGUUCAAUAGGACAGCAAAGUUAAAGAAAGUACAGACAAUAACCACCAAGUCGAACUCGAUCAGACAGGGGAAAAACCAACUUUUCCCUGUUGUCAUGAAUGGCAAAGAAGAUGUUUUGUGGUGCACUGAGCUAGAAAGGAUCUUCGGCUUUCCUGUACACUACACGGAUGUGUCCAACAUGGGCCGUGGUGCCCGCCAGAAGCUGCUUGGGAGGUCCUGGAGUGUGCCAGUCAUCCGACACCUCUUCGCCCCCCUGAAGGACUACUUUGCCUGUGAAUAGCCCUCCCAGGCACCCUGAGCCCAGGAGCACUGGGGCUUGUGGGGUAGAGCCAGCACCCAGUAGGUACAGUCCACGCUCUACCCUUCCCCAGCUCAGCAUUGUGGGGUCACGCCACACAACCUUGGCAGGAGCAGAGCCAUGUGACCCCCUCCUGGCAGGGGGAACCCAAGGUGCUGCCACCUCCUUCUGCACAAUUCAGAUCCAGCCGCUAGGAGCGGCCAAACACGGUGCUCAUUUUGUCUUCUCUGAAAACUUUUAAAACUUGAAGUAGGUAGUAAGAUGGCUUUUUUUCCCUCCUGGGUUUACUGCUCAGAGAAACAAUGGCUAAAGUACCAAAACCACAGUGCCGACAGCUCUCCAAUACUCAGGUUAAUGCUGAAAAAUCACCCGAGACAGUUACUGGUAAGGCUUUGAUAUAUUUUUUUUUUUUUAAAUAAGCCAUCUGUGGCUCCUUAUUUCCAGGAGCACGCAGUGGUAGACAUGUAGCUGAGGGACAUUUUAAGGGCCCUGGGUGUGUUUUUUCUCUAGGGCUAGCAGAAGAGGAAAGGAUGCCUGUCUGUCUUGAAUUUUACCCAGCACAUUCCCUUGGCCUCAGUGUAAAGGGCUGGGACCUGCUGUUAGGGUCCAUGUAGAGUAUUUUCCAUAAUGAUGAUGAUGUCAGCAGGGAUGAUCUCAUCAUCACAUUCAGGGCUAUUUCCCCUCCCACCCCCCCACAAUAAACCCAAGGGGACAGCCACCCUUCACUAAAUCCCCUCCAGGUGACUGCAAUAGAACCCUCCAGGUUGCUCAGGAAGGGGUGGGCUGGGUUAUCUGCUGCUGUGUACCAUGCAGACAGGUAUGGCUUUGCUCCUCUACGUCUGUCUGCCCCGUGUGAAGGGAGCAAAGGAGGAGGCUUAGGGAAGGCAUCCCCUCCACCCCCAGAAUGCACCCUCCAGACUACUCUGCAGGCACAGGUCCCCAUAUGAGAAGUAGGAUGCCCCGAAAUGUCAGCCUUUUCCUAAACUGAGCAGCAGUGACAGCUGGGGCAUAAGCACAUUCCCCGCCCUUUCCCCUCAUCUCAGAGAUUGCAGGGGGAAAACUGCAAUAAAAAAGCUCGAUCUUCCCUCCACAGAUUUUAAAGUUCUUUUGUAUCCCAUGAGAAGUUUUUAGUGGGGGACGGGAGGUCGGGCAAGCUGCAUUUCAGAAAUGCUGUCGUAAUGGUUUUUAACAACUUUUACUCUUCUUACUGGUGCUAUUUUGUAGAAUCAGGAACAACAUUGACAGGUUUUGUGGGAAUUUUUUAUACACUUUUUUUUUUUAAAAAAAUCACAGACUUAUAUUUUUAUGUUUUUAACAUUUUCAUAAAUUUUUUUUUGUAACUGGAGCCACAUAACAAGUAUGGGGGAAAAUUGUGCCUUGUUUCAACAGUUUUGCUAAUUUUUAGGCUGAAAGAUGACAGAUGCCUAGAGUUUACCUUAUGUUGAAUUAAAAUCAGUAUUUCUCUAACA